AUGGCGUCCACCAACGCGAACGUUUGCGUGGGCGGCGCCCAAGCGAACUCAUCGGCGGCGGACCGGUGGUCCAGCGGCAUCCCCGAUGAUCUCCUAGCGAUAAGCUUCGCCACGCCGAUCGACCGCGUCCGCUUUGCGGCUGUGUGCACGGCAUGGCGUGCCGUUGCGUCGAUGCACCUGGCACGCGGCGGUUUUCCAUGGCUCAUCCUUGACCCAAGCGGCAGCCACGAGACGAAUUAUGCGUACUGUCCAGAAGAGGGCAUGGUCCUGCCGCGGCCCUCUCUCCGCAGCGAGGCAGCCCGCCGGUGCUUUUGCUUUGUGGGCAGCCACGAUGGCGGCUGGGUCGCCUCAUCCGAGAUGAUCUUUAACCUCUUCUCCGGUGCUAAGGUGUCGCUCUUGCGGGAGGAUAUGGUCCACCCGCGCCAGUGCAUCCGUGAUCAGUUGGUCUUGCGAAAGAUCGUUUUCUCGGAGAAGCCCACCUUGCCUGGUUGUAUCCUCGCUGCCAUCACCAACAAGCACGAGUUUGCAUUCUACAAGGUUGGCUGCCCGGAGGCCGGCUGGAAAACGUAUGGAGCUCUUGCACAGGACGGUCUCAUGGAUAUCACAUUCUGCAACGGCGAGCUAUAUGGCAUCACAAAGUCCAAGCAGCUCAACAAGUACGAGUUUGGCAUCAACAACCAGGGCGGAACCGUGCUCAAGAAGACCCACCGGUUCUCCAAGUUAGACGUCUACUAUUGGGAGUACUGUAGUAACCAAUUCAGGUACAUUCUUGAGACACGUGGCAAGCUUGUGAUGGUGGCGAGCAACUUCACGGUUCACGAGCUAGUCAACACCGACACCGGGAAGUAUGACUGUGUGAGGAUGUGCAACUUAGGAAACUACGCGCUAUUUCUGGGGCCUGUGCCGACGGGUGAACGCGGCGGCUUGCAGAAAAACCACAUCUACGUCUCCUACCAUCGCUGCUUGCGGCGGAACGAUGACAUCCCCAAUGAUGCCAAGGUAUUCUUGAAGACCUUAAAUGAUGAUGGUUACCGUGUGUACUACAAGAGAGAUAGAUGUGUGAACGGCAUCAGAUCAACGCGGUACUACGUAAUGGGUGGUCUCCAUCCCCCUAUGUGGCUUCUGCCUCCGUAG